UCGUUGCUGUCAAAAACGUCUCUUGUAGUUGCGUUAGGUCAUCAUAGUGUGAUUUUGUUUGGAAAUGCAUGUCUGAACCAGAGUGAAUAAAUAUUCACCCAUCCUUUGGGAUAAAAUAUCCAGGAUUGCUUGUCGGUUUAUUUCACACGUGUUCACAGCCUGCCAGGGUGGUGACAGUCCAGCCAUGGCACAGCAGGAUGCGCCUGCCAAUAAGGCUGCUGCCCCGAACCUGGCCGUGCUGCACUCCAAUUUUAUCAUCGGCUCUGUGUCAGAGGAGAACUCUGAGGAUGAGUUUUUGGGGAAGCCAGACCUGACGCUGGGCCUGGAGGAGAAGGAGCGCUCCAUAUCCCCCACCUCUAGCCUCAGUUCAGAGAACAGCAGCUACGAGAUGGGCUUUGACAACAUUGACGGACCCCACAUGAGUUGUUCACACAGACCAAGCAUGUCUGGGCUGCACCUGGUCAAGCAGGGGCGAGACCGCCGUCGCAUCGACCUGCAGAGAGAUUUCACUGUGGCCUCCCCCGCAGAGUUCGUCACCCGCUUCGGAGGCAAUAAGGUCAUCGAGAAGGUCCUCAUUGCCAACAAUGGCAUCGCGGCGGUUAAGUGCAUGCGCUCCAUCCGCCGCUGGGCUUACGAGAUGUUCCGCAACGAGCGCGCCAUCCGUUUUGUCGUCAUGGUAACCCCCGAGGACCUGAAGGCCAAUGCAGAGUACAUAAAGAUGGCCGACCACUAUGUGCCGGUGCCAGGAGGGACCAAUAACAACAACUAUGCCAACGUGGAGCUCAUUCUGGACAUUGCCAAGCGAAUACCUGUGCAGGCUGUAUGGGCUGGGUGGGGCCACGCCUCAGAGAAUCCCAAACUCCCAGAGCUGCUCAUGAAGAAUGGCAUUGCCUUCAUGGGUCCUCCUAGCCAGGCCAUGUGGGCACUAGGGGACAAGAUCGCCUCAUCCAUCGUGGCUCAGACAGCUGGCAUCCCUACCCUGCCAUGGAGUGGAGCAGGACUCACAGUGGAUUGGACAGAGAGUGACCAGAAGAAGAGGAUCAUCAACGUUCCCCCUGAUCUGUAUGAGCUGGGCUGCAUCCAUGAUGUGGAGGCAGGACUGAAGGCUGCGGAGGUGGUGGGCUACCCCGUGAUGGUGAAGGCCUCCGAGGGAGGUGGAGGAAAGGGCAUCCGCAAAGUCAACUGUGCUGAUGACUUCCCCAACCUCUUCAGACAGGUCCAGACCGAGGUUCCAGGCUCACCCAUCUUCGUGAUGCAGCUGGCCAAACACGCUCGUCACCUGGAGGUCCAGCUCCUGGCCGACCAGUACGGCAACGCCAUCUCCCUGUUCGGCAGGGACUGCUCCGUACAGCGGCGACACCAGAAGAUCAUAGAGGAGGCGCCCGCCACAAUCUCCACCUCUGCCGUUUUUGAGGACAUGGAGCGGUGUGCAGUGAAGCUGGCUAAGAUGGUGGGCUACGUCAGUGCUGGCACAGUGGAGUAUCUCUACAGCCAAGAUGGCAGCUUCUACUUCCUAGAACUCAACCCUCGUCUGCAGGUGGAACACCCCUGUACUGAGAUGGUGGCCGACGUCAACCUGCCUGCUGCACAGCUACAGAUUGCCAUGGGGAUCCCCCUGUACCGUAUUAAGGACAUCAGAAUGAUGUAUGGGGUCCAGCCCUGGGGAGACUCUAUGAUUGACUUUGAGGGUCUGUCCACGGCCCCCUCCCCACGUGGACAUGUCAUCGCUGCCCGCAUCACCAGUGAGAACCCGGAUGAGGGUUUCAAGCCGAGCUCGGGCACGGUGCAGGAGCUGAACUUCCGCAGUAACAAGAAUGUGUGGGGAUACUUCAGUGUGGCUGCUGCCGGAGGCCUGCAUGAGUUUGCAGACUCCCAGUUUGGCCACUGCUUCUCCUGGGGAGAGAACCGAGAGGAGGCCAUCUCUAACAUGGUGGUGGCCCUGAAGGAGCUGUCUAUCAGAGGAGACUUUAGGACCACAGUGGAGUACCUCAUCAAGCUGCUGGAGACUGAGAGCUUCCAGCACAACACCAUCGACACAGGCUGGCUGGACAGGCUCAUCUCAGAGAAGAUGCAAGCGGAGCGUCCUGACACCAUGCUAGGCAUAGUGAGCGGAGCUCUCCAUGUGGCUGACGUCAACCUGAGGAACAGUGUCUCCAACUUCCUGCACUCUCUAGAAAGAGGCCAGGUGCUGCCCGCACACACCCUUCUCAACACCGUGGAUGUGGAGUUGAUCUAUGAGGGUACUAAGUAUUGUCUGAAGGUGACGCGUCAGUCCCCCAACUCCUACGUGGUCAUCAUGAACAGCACCGCUGCCGAGGUGGACGUCCAUCGCCUCAGCGACGGGGGCCUGUUGCUCUCCUACGACGGCAGCAGCUACACCACCUACAUGAAGGAGGAGGUGGACCGGUACCGUAUCACCAUUGGGAACAAGACGUGUGUGUUUGAGAAGGAGAACGACCCGUCCCUGCUUCGCUCGCCCUCAGCAGGGAAACUCAUCCAGUACACAGUGGAGGACGGGGGACACGUCUUCUCUGGCCAGUGUUACGCUGAGAUAGAGGUGAUGAAGAUGGUGAUGACUCUGACGGCGCUGGUGUCUGGCUGUAUCCACUAUGUGAAGAGACCCGGGGCCGUGCUGGAGCCCGGCUGCGUCAUCGCCAAGCUGCAGUUGGAUGAUCCUGGCAGGGCACAACAGGCGGAGCUGCACCACGGGGCCCUGCCCGUCAUCCAGGCGGCGGCGUUGAGAGGAGAGAAGCUCCACAGGGUCUUCCACAGCACCCUGGACCACCUGGUGCACAUCAUGAGUGGCUUCUGCCUGCCUGAACCAUUUUUCAGUGGAAAGCUAAAGGAAUGGGUGGAAAGGCUGAUGAAGACUUUCCGGGACCCCUCCCUGCCACUGUUGGAGCUGCAGGACAUUAUGACCAGUGUGUCAGGCCGGAUCCCCCUCGCUGUAGAGAAAUGCAUCAAGAAGGAGAUGGCCCAGUACGCCAGCAACAUUACCUCUGUGCUCUGCCAGUUCCCCAGUCAGCAGAUUGCCAACAUCCUGGACAGUCAUGCUGCCACUCUGAACAGGAAGUCGGAGAGAGAGGUGUUCUUCAUGAACACUCAGAGCAUUGUACAGCUGGUGCAGAAGUACCGCAGUGGCAUCCGUGGUCACAUGAAGGCUGUGGUGAUGGACCUGCUCAGACAGUACCUCAAAGUAGAGGUCCAGUUCCAGCAUGGACACUACGACAAGUGUGUGUUCACACUGCGUGAGGAGAACAAGAGCGACAUGGCCAACGUGUUAAACUACAUCUUCUCACACGCCCAGGUCACCAAGAAGAACCUCCUGGUCACCAUGCUUAUUGACCAGCUGUGUGGUCGUGACCCCACCCUGACUGACGAGCUGAUGGCCAUUUUGACAGAGCUCACCCAGCUCAGCAAGACAACCAACGCCAAGGUGGCACUGCGCGCCCGCCAGGUGCUGAUCGCCUCCCACCUCCCGUCCUACGAGCUCCGCCACAACCAGGUGGAGUCCAUCUUCCUCUCUGCCAUCGACAUGUAUGGACACCAGUUCUGCAUCGAGAACCUGCAGAAACUGAUCUUGUCUGAGACGUCCAUCUUUGAUGUGCUGCCCAACUUCUUCUACCACAGUAACCAGGUGGUCCGGAUGGCUGCCCUGGAGGUGUACGUACGUAGAGCCUACAUCGCCUAUGAGCUCAACAGCGUCCAGCACAGACAGCUGAAGGACAACACCUGCAUUGUAGAGUUCCAGUUCAUGCUACCUACCUCCCACCCCAACCGAGGGAACAUCCCAACUCUUAACAGGAUGUCGUUCUCGUCCAACCUGAACCACUACGGCAUGGUGCACAUGGGCAGCGUGAGUGACGUCCUCCUGGACACCUCUUUCACCCCACCCUGCCAGCGCAUGGGAGCCAUGGUCUCCUUCCGUUCCUUCCAGGAGUUCACCAGGGACAUUAAAGACGUGAUGAGCUGUUUCUCUGACUCUCCUCCUCACAGCCCCACCUUCCCAGAGGGAGGGAACCCGGUGCUCUAUGGAGAGGAGGACACCAAGAGUAUCCAAGAUGAGCCCGUUCACAUCCUCAACGUGGCCAUUAAGACUGACAGUGACAUCGACGAUGAUGGCCUGGCCGCCAUGUUCCGGGAGUUCACCCAGUCAGAGAAAUCCCUGCUGUUUGAACAUGGCAUCCGUAGGCUGACCUUCCUGGUAGCUCAAAAGGAUUUCAGGAAGGCAGUCAACUAUGAGGUGGACCAGAGGUUUCAUAGAGAGUUCCCCAAGUUCUUCACCUUCCGGUCCAGAGACAAGUUUGAGGAGGACAGGAUCUACCGUCACUUGGAGCCAGCGCUGGCCUUCCAGCUGGAGCUGAACCGCAUGCGUAACUUUGCCCUGACCGCCAUUCCCUGUGCCAACCACAAGAUGCACCUUUACCUGGGCGCUGCCCGUGUGGAGGUGGGCACAGAGGUCACAGACUACCGCUUCUUUGUCCGGGCCAUCAUCCGUCACUCAGACCUGGUCACCAAGGAGGCAUCUUUUGAGUACCUCCACAACGAGGCAGAGCGUCUGCUGCUGGAGGCCAUGGACGAGCUGGAGGUGGCCUUCAACAACACCACCGUACGCACCGACUGCAACCACAUCUUCCUCAACUUUGUCCCCACCGUCAUCAUGGACCCCUCCAAGAUUGAGGAGUCGGUGCGCUCUAUGGUGAUGCGUUAUGGCAGUCGGCUGUGGAAGCUCCGGGUCCUGCAGGCUGAGCUGAAGAUCAACAUCCGGCUGACGCCCACAGGCAAACAGAUCCCCAUCCGCCUUUUCCUCACCAACGAGUCAGGCUACUACCUGGACAUCAGCCUGUACAAGGAGGUCACUGAUUCCCGCACGGGACAGUUGGGGCCUAAAGACCGACAGAUCAUGUUCCAGGCAUAUGGGGACACGCAGGGUCCUCUACAUGGCAUGCUCAUCAACACCCCAUAUGUGACUAAGGACCUGCUGCAGUCCAAACGCUUCCAGGCCCAGUCCCUGGGAACCACCUACGUCUAUGACUUCCCUGAGAUGGUCAGACAGGCUCUAAAGAAGCUGUGGCAGUCCACCAAAGUCUUCGCCCACUUGCCCAAAUGCCCUCUGCCCUCUGAGCUGCUCACUUUCACAGAGCUGGUCCUGGAUCCACAGGGACAGCUGGUGCAGAUGAACCGUCUACCAGGAGGGAACGAGAUUGGCAUGGUGGCCUGGCGGAUGACCAUCAGGACCCCGGAGUACCCGGCAGGGCGUGAGAUCAUUGUGAUCAGUAAUGACAUCACACACAAGAUUGGUUCGUUUGGGCCGCAGGAGGACCUGCUGUUCCUGCAGGCCUCAGAGAUGUCCAGGGAGAGUGGCAUCCCUCGUAUCUACAUCUCUGCCAACAGCGGUGCCCGCAUCGGCCUGGCAGAGGAGAUCAGACACAUGUUCCAUGUAGCCUGGCAGGACACUGCAGACCCCUACAAGGGCUUCAAGUACUUGUACCUGACUCCUCAGGACUACAAGAAGGUGUCAGCCCUGAAUUCUGUUCACUGUGAACACAUAGAGGAUGAGGGAGAGUCCAGGUACAAGAUCACUGACAUCAUCGGGAAGGAGGAGGGUCUGGGGGUGGAGAACCUGAAGGGCUCCGGGAUGAUUGCUGGAGAGUCCUCUUUGGCCUAUGAUCAGGUCAUCACCAUGAACCUGGUGACUUGUCGAGCAAUCGGGAUCGGAGCCUACCUGGUUAGGCUGGGUCAGAGGACCAUCCAGGUGGAAAACUCCCACAUCAUCCUCACUGGGGCUGGAGCACUCAACAAGGUGCUGGGUAGAGAGGUAUACACCUCCAACAACCAGCUGGGUGGGAUUCAGAUCAUGCACAACAACGGUGUGACACACAGCACUGUGUGUGAUGACUUUGAGGGAGUCCACAUGCUGCUGCACUGGCUCUCCUACAUGCCCAAGGACCGCUCUAGUCCUGUGCCCAUCAUCAAUGCCAAGGACCCCAUAGACCGGCUGGUGGAGUUUAUGCCCACCAAGGCUCCCUAUGACCCCCGCUGGAUGCUGGCAGGACGCCCCGGCCAAACUCCAAAGGGCCCGUGGCAAAGUGGGUUCUUUGACCAUGGCUCAUUCAUGGAGAUCAUGCAGCCUUGGGCUCAGAGUGUGGUGGUGGGCAGAGCCAGGCUAGGUGGCAUACCUACUGGAGUAGUUGCUGUGGAAACUAGAUCUGUGGAGCUGUCAAUCCCAGCCGAUCCAGCAAACCUCGACUCUGAAGCCAAGAUCAUCCAGCAGGCAGGCCAAGUGUGGUUCCCUGACUCUGCCUUUAAGACGUCACAGGCCAUCAAGGAUCUGAACCGUGAGGGCCUCCCUCUCAUGGUGUUUGCCAACUGGAGGGGCUUCUCUGGGGGCAUGAAAGACAUGUAUGACCAGGUGCUGAAGUUUGGAGCCUACAUCGUGGAUGGGCUGAGAGAGUACCGCCAGCCUGUUCUGGUGUACAUCCCUCCCCAGGCAGAGCUCAGAGGAGGGUCCUGGGUGGUCAUAGACCCCACCAUCAACCCCCGCCACAUGGAGAUGUAUGCUGACAAGGACAGUCGUGGUGGGGUGUUGGAGCCAGAGGGAACGGUAGAGAUCAAGUUCAGGAAGAAGGACCUGGUGAAGACUAUGAGGAGGGUGGACCCGGUCUACAUGGGCCUGGCAGAGAGACUGGGUACCCCAGAACUGGGCCUGCCAGAGAGGAAGGAACUUGAGACCAAACUGAAGGAGCGGGAGGAGUUCCUGUUACCCAUCUACCACCAGGUAGCCGUGCAGUUCGCUGACCUCCAUGACACCCCGGGACGCAUGCAGGAGAAGGGCGUCAUCACGGACAUCCUGGAGUGGCGGACGUCACGUCACUUCUUCUACUGGCGUCUGAGGCGUCUGCUGCUGGAGGACACGGUCAAGAUGAAGAUCCAGGUGGCCAACAGAGAGCUGACUGAUGGACAGAUUCAGGCCAUGCUGAGACGCUGGUUCGUAGAGGCUGAGGGGACUGUCAAGGCGUAUCUAUGGGACAGCAAUGAGGAGGUAGUGGAGUGGCUGGAGAAGCAGCUGAAGGAGGAGGAGGGAGCCAGGUCUAUCGUCGACGAGAACAUUAAGUACAUCCGCAGGGACCACAUCCUCAAGCAGAUCCGCAGCCUGGUCCAAGCCAAUCCUGAGGUUGCCAUGGAUUCCAUCGUGCACAUGACCCAACACAUCUCCCCAACACAGCGUGCUGAGGUGGUGCGCAUCCUGUCUACCAUGGAUGCUGCCCCGGCUGCCACCUAAGCCUCAUUUAUACCUGGUUCUAACGUGCGUCCUUUGUCUUGAUCUUGUUCACAUUUUUAGAAAGGUAUAGAUUUUUGUGAUCAUAUCUUCCUGACCACUUCCGGAGUUAGUCAGGGACCCAUUGUAAACAGAUCAGGAUGGUAAAUCCAUUUAAAUCAUUAUACCGGUCUCUAAAACCAUUGACGAGUAGCUCCAUUGACUAAUGGCAUCAAUAAUUGUCUUACAAACAAAUAUAUAUUUUGAAAGAAUAUCUGUCACAUAAUUUGCAUACAGGGAGGCACCAGGAAAUCUGGUCACAAUGGUUAGUGGAUAAGAGACACAUUUUACUACCAUGUGUAGAUCAAAUUAUAUAUGUCACAUGCUCUGAAUACAACAGGUGUAGACUUUACUGUGAAAUGCUUACUUAUGAGCCUUUUCCCAGUAAUGCAGAAUUAAAAGUAUUAAUAACACAAUAAAUUAAAAAAUAUCGAGGCUAAAAACAAGUAGUACCGAGUCGAUGUGCAGGAAUACGAGGUAGUUGAAGCAAUCAGGAAAGAUAAGCGUAUCACCAGUGUGUGAGUAUGCAAGAGAGUCAGUGGUUUAAAAAAAAAAAAUACAAGGGUAUUAAUCAGAGGCAAUGUGGGCGCAAUCAGAAUGUGAAUAUGAUCUGGACAAAGGACUCAUGUUAGCACCAGUUCUAAACCUAGAGGGCCUCUAUUCCCAGCCUGGCCCACUGUCUCCGGUGCACUGCCCCUGUGGAGGAACUGUGUUGGAAACUGGGGUUGGAGCCAAUGAGUUUGCUGUUACUGAUCAAACUGUUGGCAAUGAUUCUGGAGGGAGGGGGGACUGAUGUCCAGGGUAAUGAAUUUACACAAGUCUUACAGAAUGUGUGUUCGUUUUGAUAAACUCCUUUCUAAUAUUGAGUUGCAACCCCUUUUGCCCUGAGAAUAGCCUCAAUUUGUUGGGGCAUGGACUCUACAGGGUGUUGAAAGCAUUCCACAGGGAUGCUGGGCCGUGUUGAUUUCAAUACCUCCAACAGUUGUCAAGUUGGCUGGAUGUCCUUUGGGUGGUGGACCAUUCUUGAAACACGGGAAACUGUUGAGCAUGAAAAACCCAGCAGCGUUGCAGUUCUUGACACACUCAAACCGGUGCACUUGACACCUAUGAUAGCCCGUUCAAAGGCACUUAAAUCUUUUGUCUUGCCCAUUCACCUUCUGAAUGGCACUCAUACACAGUCCAUGUUUCGAGGCUUAAAAAUCCUUCUUUAUCUACACUGAUUGAAGUGGAUUUAACAAGUGACAUCAAUAACUCAUCAUACUGUAGCUUUCACUUGGUCAUUAUGUUAUGGAUAGAGCAGGUGUUUAUGUUUUGUACACUCAGUGUAUCUAAUAUAUGUGUAUAUGUAAGUGCAAUUUGAAAAAUUAUCAACAAAGCAGAGACCAGAAACGAUAUACUUGUAUAGCUACAUUAAUGAGGUCAAGCUUAGGGACUACACAAUUGACCAAAGUGGAAGCAGCUCUUCAUCCAUUUGCAAUCUUAAAGAGCCUCUGUCCUAUAGGACAGGAAAACAUGCAUUGGGUUUUGGGGUGUUUUGAUGGUUAUCUUGAAAAUAAAAUGCCUGCAAAUUGGAACUUUUGGAGGGAGCACUUAUUUACUGAUAAAACCCAGGGUAGUGAGUGUUGCAUGGUACUACCGGGCUUUUGUGAUUGGGGAAAGUGGGCAGAUCUGCCCUGUGCCUGGAGAGAAGAGUCCAGCAGAAGGAGAGGCCAAUUCAGACCAACCACACGGGCCCUGGGGUGAGACUAGGGCAGGCAGACACAUGCUGAAGCAGAUAGACGAGUGGCUGUCGCCUUACACACAUUGCUUUGACUACACCUUACUGUUCUAUUACUUACAUCAGGCUUUAGUGCAGCACCGCUUGCUCUGUAGUAUACUAAAAGUCUGACACAGAAGCAAACCCUAUCAAUGGUAAUUGUUGCCAUAAUGGUCAAGAAUGAAUAGUUUUCUACCGUGGGGUAUAUUUUUGGCAAUUAUUGUAGCUUACCAAAAAAAAACUUGUUCAAAAUGUGUUCUGUAUUUGUUUUUGUUCAAAAUAUGAAACAUUUAGGUGACUUAUUAAAUGGCAAUCAUGUUAAAGAGAACUAGGUACUGUACACUGGAGUUAUACAGUCAGUAUUACAGGUGUGUUUUAAAAUGUUCACUGUAAUUUUGAGUUAAUUAUUGAUCUGCAGUUCUUUCCAUGGAGUCAUUGGGAUCAGUGUUUGCUAUUAAAAAAAUGUUUGCUUGCUCACUCAACAUCUAGGCCUAGGUCCUAUUACUACAACAUUCAAAUGUACAAAGUAUCUGAAAUGGAGCAUACACAACAACUGUCAUUUUAUGUAGUUUAAUAACCAGUGGUGUAAAAAUACUUUAAAGUACUACUUAAGUAGUGUUUUGGGGUAUCUGUACUUUACUAUUUAUAUUUUUGACAACUAAUGUACUUUCUACUCCAUACAUGUUCCCUGACACCCAAAAGUACUUGUUACAUUUUGGAUGCUUAGCAGGACAGGAAAAUGGUCCAGUUCACAUACUUCAAGAGAACAUCCCUUGCCAUCUACUGCCUCUGAUCUCUGGCAGACUCACCAAACACUCUUGCUUUGUUUGUAUAUUAUGUCUGAGUGUUGUAGUGUGCCCCUGGCUAUCCGUAAAUACAAAAUAAACUGCUGUUUGGUUUGCUUAAUAUAA